AGCCCAUGCUGGCAGUGAGGGCUCGUCUGGUGGGGGGUGUGAAGCUGACCCACCAGCUGCUGCAGGCACAUAGCAAGAACAGCGUACCUCUACUGCCCCUCCUCAUGGUUGCCUAAUACCUCGCUAAGAACUCUACCAACCAGAUGAUGCUGGGCAAGGAAGGCUGUGUGGCCACCUUGGCGACCAUCCUCAGUUCAGUGCCCAAGACUCACUGGGCCAAGAUCAAGUUCAUCAUGGAGGUCUUGGCACUUCUCACAAAAGCUAAGAGCAAUGUGAUACGCCUGGUGCGAGAAUCUGGCCUGCAGCGUGUCUUAGCCAUCCUGGACUCCUGGGAGAAGGUGGAGCGGCGUCACCAAGUGAAGUUGAUCCGGGGCAUCCUCAGCACCCUCUCCCACGUGUGUGAUUCAAAGCAUGGGCGCAAGGCCGUGUUGUCCCUGAAUGGCGUUGAGAUAGUGCAGCGCUUCAUUCAGAUGUGCCCUGCUGACAAAAGAUUUGACAACAACCUUGCCAGUGCAACCAAUGUGUUUCUCAAGUGUAUAAGCAAAGGAGAGUUACCAGUGGCCUCCACCCGAGGUGCCGUUACUUUCCAGGUGCCAAACAGGGAUGCAUCACAAACACCUUCAGAUGUUCAAGGUGAUCCAUCAGGACUGGAUGUAGACUCCUCAGAAGAUGAGGGUGAAUAUGAUGUUGAAGCUGAAGAUGAAGAUGUUGAAUUGCAAAAAGACUUUAAAGGAUUCAGCAUCACUAAUGAGUAUGCCCCAAAGCAGAUAAGAGAGGAAGAGUUACUGAAAUUUACUUCAUUGUUUCCUGAACUUAAUGACUUUCAGGUUCAGUCCAACACAAAAUUUAAAGAUUCCAUUUUAUCAUCCAAUGAAGGAAGUGUGAGGGAGUGUGUAAGUGCAGCCAAUGCUGAGCAGUACUUACUAGCCUCAGAUACCACCAGAACCCUUAUCAACUUUGUGAAGGUGGCUUAUCCUGACAUGGUAGGAGCCCAAGGAUCUUCCCAACUUGAAGAGCUCUAUGAAAAGGAUCGCAAGGUUUGCAGGAGUAAAGCCAUUGCCACUGUGGAGCGUGUUCUUCAUCCUGAGGUGUACCUGGAACGUGUGGUAUAUGACCUCGACUACCUGCUGGAGACAGAAGACUCUAACCAACAACUUAUCACUUCCUCCACUUCCCUUCCCAAACCACUCAGCAACUUGGAUGAGAGACGUGUGGGUAAGAAGGAUAUGGCUGUGAACCACCUCAACUUUGAAUCCAGAUUUGAGUGUGGAAAUUUACGACGAGUUAUUCAAGCCUCCAAGACUGAGUAUGACUUGAUCCUGAAUGCUGAUGUCAACUCCUCCCAUCACUAUCAAUGGUUCUACUUUGAAGUGAGCAACAUGGAACAACACACACCCUAUGUCUUCAAUAUUAUUAACAAUGAGAAGCCUAAUAGUGAAUUCAAUUUUGGGAUGAAGCCAGUGAUGUUUAGUGUGCAGGAGGCCAUGGAGGGGCGAGGCAUGUGGGUCCGCACUGGCUAUGACAUCUGCUAUCACAAGAACCAUUUUUCCCGUGUCCCAAAGACUCAUGACCCCACUCGCUCCAAGAGAUCAGCUGCAAAUGCCUGUUACUAUACAGCCACUUUUACUGUAGUCUUCCCUCAUGCCUAUGAUAUCUGCUACAUGGCAUAUCAUUACCCGUAUACCUACACUCGUCUCAAGGCUUACCUGAAUCGGCAAGGUGCAAGAGAGCUCUCCAGUCACGUGUUUUACAGCAGUCAGGUUUUGUGCCACACUCUGAAUGGAAAUCCUGUCCCCGUCCUAACUAUUACUUCCAAAAAUAACAUUAAGGAUAAAGAGGUGAUCUUCUUCACUGGCCGAGUUCAUCCAGGAGAGAGCAACUCCUCAUGGGUGAUGGAAGGUGUACUGGACCAGCUGCUGCGGGAGUCUUCCAUCACAAACCAGCUUCUUGACAAGUUCAUCUUUAAGAUAGUUCCCAUGCUAAAUCCAGAAGGAGUCAUACAUGGAAAUCACCGGUGUGGCCUAACUGAUGAGGAUCUCAACCGGAGAUGGAGGGAACCAAAUCCAACUUUGCACCCCACCAUAUACCACUCCAAGGCUCUCCUGGAGUAUCUUCUCUCAGUGGCAAAGGUGAAGGUGCGUGUUUUUUGUGAUUUCCAUGGUCACUCUUGCCAGAAGAAUGUCUUCAUGUAUGGAUGUUCCCGCAUGCAGUCUUGGUGGCCAGGUGACAGGGAGCUGCCUGAUGACCCAGACUAUAAUCUACUCCCCCAUCUUGCUCAGAAGUUCAUGAGAACAUUCUCCUUGUGGGACUGCCACUUUUUAAUAGAGCGAGCAAGGGAAGCCACUGCUCGAGUAGCUGUGUGGAGGCAGUUCAACAUCCCUAUGUCAUAUACCAUAGAAGCCUCCACCUGUGGCUGUGAUCAGGGACCAUACAAGAACAACCACCUGACCACCAAGCAUCUGCUGGAGUCUGGUGAGGAGCUGUGUGUGGCACUGACUCAUCUUUCCUACAGCCCUGAUGUAUUGGCAACACAACUCAAAGUGGACACUCACAGACAUGAACGUGAACCAAGAGUUGCAUCAGAGAGGGGCCUUGGAGACUUCACACAAGAGGUCAUCUUCUGGAGUAGUGACCUUGAUGAAGAUGAACUGGAUUCUGAUGCUGAUCUUGACCUUGAUCUUUAUGGCAAUGUAUAGGGUGUUCACACUUUCUUAUAUCUUCAUCCUUCUCCCUUUAACUUUUAGCACUUACUCUUACCCUUUUGUCUUUUUUUUUAUUUUGCCUCUUUUCUUUAUCUUCCAUCAUCAGCUUCCAACUCAUAUUGCCACAGUUUUAGUGUAACUGCACAUUUCCCAUCUUAACUGCAAUGACCAGUUCAUUCUCAGUAUUCUAAAAAAAGAGAUUGCAUUAUAUUUGAUGAGUAGCAUGUGUUGUAUGCUGCUGUUUCAGCCUAGAGAUCAGGGUAAGGAUUAGAUAGCAUUAUAAAACUUUGCUGGUUUUGAAUGUAGGAAGUAAUGUCCCAUACGUAGAACACACACACACACACACAUAUUUUGUACUUUACUUUGAGAAUUAUUGUAAUCUUUUAUUGUUUUUUACAUUUCAUGAUGUUUUUAUUUGACCUUUAUCCUCCAUUUUGUUAAUGCUGCUUUAGUUUCCUUAGCUUCUUUACUGCUUUCAUUCAACCAACAAACUGAAAAUAGAUUUCUUAAGUAUUUAUCUAAUAUUUAAUGAUAUGUAAAAUUAACCAUAUGUGUAAAGUGCUUUAUAUAUUUUUAUAUUAAAUAAGUAAUAUUUCACCUUCAUGUACAUGUUGAUUUCUAGUUGUAAUUCUUUUCUAGUAACUACUUGUUUUCUCAUAUAUUUUUAUAUCAGUUCAUAGUCAGAUUCUGUCAUGGUAAAGUAUUUCUCUUAUUAUAUUUUAUCUUUAUGUUAAACAGUAUAUAUAUAUAUAUAUAUAUAUAUAUAUAUA